AUGAAAGUCCUCAUCCACUCCCACUUCCCCGCCGGCCACACCUACCCCAUGCAAGCCGUCGCCCAAGCCCUCAUCCUCCAAGGCCACACAGUAACCUGGCUCACCAGCGCCGACAACGAACUGCGCGCCCUCGCAACCGGCGCCAACUUCAUCCCAACAAAGGCCAUCGCCGCGCUUGACCAACCGCUACUCAAGUCCAACACCACGGGCCUCUUUGAAAGUCCCAGCCGUAUUCUACGCAACCGCCUGCUCGCCCAGGUAGCCGACUAUCGCGACGCAUUGGCUGAUUUCCCCGCAGAUGUGCUCCUUGUGGAUGUGUUUCCCCAUGGAGCAAGGGCGCUGUAUGAACUCGGCGAGAUACCGGUGUAUGCGACACUAGGCGUUAUCCCGAUGUAUACCUCGAGUUUGGGUGCGCCGUUACCAGCGUCAGGUGGUGUACCGCCUGUUUCGUGGACGGGAUGGCUCAUCAAUGCGAUGAGGCAGGUUAUCAAUCGGUGCUGGGUGGGCAUGCUAUUUCUAAGACCUGGGAUCAACGUCCAGAGAAGGGAGCUUGGACUACCCGAUCUCCCGAUCGGAGAAGCAUUAGAGGACUUCAAGUACAGCCCGCAUUUACACAUCCAAGCUUCAUCUUUAAAACUCGAAUUAAACCAGCAGCCAGGUACAGCAGCCCACCAAACUAACACAGUCUACGUCGGCCCCCUCGUCACAAAAACAAUUCACGAUCCGUCAAAGCUACCAUCCUGGUGGAACGAAUUACCCUCCAAAGGCAAAAUAAUCGGCAUAACGCAAGGAACGCUCGCCAUGGAUCCUACAUCCCUCAUCAUCCCCUCCAUCAAAGCACUCCAGGAAGAUGCCGACCUCACAAUACUAGUGAUAUCUCCAUUUGUCGAAGCAAUACAGUCUCAUGUAGCACAUUCCCAGAACAUACACUACGCAAAAUGGCUGCCAUAUGACGUACUCCUCCCACGACUGUCAUUGCUCAUCACAAACGGAGGGUACGGCAGCAUCACGCAGGCUCUGUCACAUGGUGUGCCGCUCCUCUGUGCAGGACAGUCAGAAGAUAAGAGGGACACAGCGGCGCGAGUGACCUUUUCAGGCGUUGGCAUUGAUCUGAGAACUGACAGUCCGGAGGUGGAUGUUGUUCGGGACGCUGCGUAUAGAAUACUACGUGAUGAGGGUUAUGGAGUUCGGGCGAGAAAGUUGGGCGACGAGUUGAACGAUCUUGGGGGUGCGGAUGCAGCUGUUCGUGCGUUGGAGGAACUUUUCCGACAUGUGAAGUCAUGA